AUGUUCAAGGUCAAGUGCUGGAUUGAUGCGUCUGAGCAGCAGACGAAAACCAUGAAUGCACUGUGGGAGCUGAGCUUUGGAGGAGGUGCACGCAAGUGCAUCGGUCGAUGGAUUUCUUGGAUCGAGAUGUCAAAGGUCAUUUCUGAGCUACUCCGUCGAUACACGGUCUCUCUUGCACACCCUGACCUGGAAUGGAAGGUCGUCAGCCGCUUUUUCGCACAGCAGAAAGGGCUGAACGUCAACUAUGUCCCAAGAUAG